AUGCCUCGUGUAGAAAGGAGACUCGCUCCUGCCAGGGAAGCUCUGGCCGCGGGAGCUGCUCUGGCACCGUGCUCUGGUGUGCAACCUGGGUCACUCGCAGUGCCAUGGAGAGAGCAGGUUUGCUUUACUAACUUUCAUGUUUUUCAUUGUAGCCAUGAGACGCAAACGACCUGCUGGGACCAUCCCAAGAUGACUGAGCUUUACCAGUCUUUAGCUGACCUGAACAACGUCAGGUUCUCCGCAUACAGGACUGCCAUGAAACUCCGCAGGCUGCAGAAGGCUCUCUGCCUGGAUCUCCUGAGUCUGUCUGCUGCGUGUGAUGCCUUGGACCAGCACAACCUCAAACAAAAUGACCAGCCGAUGGAUAUUCUGCAGAUCAUUAACUGCUUGACCACCAUUUAUGAUCGACUAGAACAAGAGCACAAUAACUUGGUCAAUGUUCCUCUCUGCGUGGACAUGUGCCUCAACUGGCUGCUGAAUGUCUAUGACACGGGUCGAACAGGAAGGAUCCGUGUCUUAUCUUUCAAAACUGGUGUUGUAUCCCUUUGUAAAGCACACCUGGAAGAUAAAUACAGAUACCUGUUCAAGCAAGUGGCAAGCUCCACGGGCUUCUGCGACCAGCGCCGGCUGGGGCUCCUGCUGCACGAUUCCAUCCAGAUCCCUCGGCAGCUGGGGGAGGUGGCCUCCUUCGGGGGCAGCAAUAUCGAGCCGAGCGUCAGAAGCUGUUUCCAGUUUGCCAACAACAAGCCGGAGAUCGAAGCAGCGCUCUUCCUGGACUGGAUGAGGCUGGAACCCCAGUCCAUGGUGUGGCUGCCCGUCUUGCACAGGGUGGCUGCUGCUGAGACAGCCAAACACCAAGCCAAGUGUAACAUCUGCAAGGAGUGCCCAAUUAUUGGAUUCAGGUACAGAAGUUUAAAGCACUUCAACUAUGACAUUUGCCAAAGUUGCUUCUUCUCUGGCCGUGUUGCAAAAGGUCAUAAAAUGCACUAUCCCAUGGUGGAAUACUGCACACCAACAACUUCAGGAGAAGAUGUUCGUGACUUUGCCAAGGUACUAAAAAACAAAUUUCGAACAAAAAGAUACUUUGCUAAGCACCCACGAAUGGGCUACCUGCCUGUGCAAACUGUCUUGGAGGGAGACAACAUGGAAACUCCUGUUACUCUGAUCAACUUCUGGCCAGUAGAUUCUGCGCCUGCCUCGUCCCCUCAGCUUUCACAUGAUGAUACUCAUUCACGCAUUGAACAUUAUGCUAGCAGGCUAGCAGAAAUGGAGAACACCAAUGGUUCAUAUCUAAAUGACAGUAUUUCACCUAAUGAGAGCAUUGAUGAUGAACACUUGUUAAUCCAGCACUACUGCCAAAGUCUGAACCAGGAGUCCCCCCUGAGCCAGCCACGAAGCCCUGCCCAGAUCCUAAUUUCUCUGGAGAGUGAGGAAAGAGGAGAACUGGAGAGAAUCCUUGCGGACCUGGAGGAGGAAAACAGAAACUUGCAAGCAGAGUACGACCGUUUGAAGCAACAGCAUGACCACAAAGGACUGUCUCCACUGCCGUCCCCACCGGAGAUGAUGGCAGUUUCUCCACAAAGCCCCCGGGACGCUGAGCUCAUUGCAGAAGCCAAGCUGCUUCGACAGCACAAGGGCCGCCUGGAGGCCAGGAUGCAGAUUCUGGAGGAUCACAACAAACAGCUGGAGUCACAGCUGCACAGGCUGAGGCAGCUGCUGGAGCAGCCGCAGGCAGAUGCCAAGGUAAACGGUACAACACUGUCAUCUCCUUCUACCUCUUUGCAGAGGUCAGACAGCAGCCAGCCAAUGCUUCUUCGUGUAGUUGGCAGCCAGACUUCAGAAACCAUGGGCGAGGAUGAGCUGCUCAGCCCUCCCCAGGACACAAGCACAGGUCUGGAGGAAGUGAUGGAGCAGCUGAACAACUCCUUCCCCAGCUCCAGAGGAAGAAAUGCCCCUGGAAAGCCAGUGAGAGAGGCCACAAUGUAGGGAGCCUUUUCCACAUGGCAGGUGACUUGGGAAGAGCAAUGGAAACCUUGGUGACAGUGAUGACCGACGACAAGGUGUUAGAAUAGCAAGAUGUGUUUUACAACUUCAGGCGUCCCGCAUGGUUUUUAUAAUAUUCAUACUACAAAGAGGAUUAGACUGUAAGAGUUUACAAGAAAACAAAUAUAUAUUUUUGUGAAGGGUAGUGGUACUAUAAUGUAGAUUUCAGUAGUUUCCUAAGUCUGUUACUGUUUUGUUAACAAUGGCAGGUUUUACACGUCUAUGCAAUUGUACAAAAAUUAUAAGAAAACUACAUGUAAAAUCUUGAUAGCUAAAUAACUUGCCAUUUCUUUAUAUGGAACGCAUUUCGGGUUGUUUAAAAAAAAAUUUAUAACAGUUAUAAUGAAAGAUUGUAAACUAAAGUGUGCUUUAUAAAAUUAAUUGUUUAUAGAAACCCCCUUAAAAAAAAAACACAAAAAAAAUACUGAGGCAGUGCAUUUGUUUAAUAUCAUUUCAGCUCUGUAACUGCAUUAGAGAGAUUCAUGUCCUUUGUUCUUUUCCUUGCCUAUCAAAAGAAAAAAAGCAUUUUCUGCAGUGACAUCAAGACAGCCAGCUUACGUUUCUCAUUGGCUUUGUCUGACUAGGGCUGACUUAAAAAAAGUCUCCCAAACUUCCCAUGAAGGUAGUUAUUUCACCUCUUCCAGUAAAAUUAAGAAUUACAAGAACCACACAGCUAGUUUGCAAUAAUUAAAUAAAAGAGCACAUUACAUGACAAAGCCUGCAAAAAACUGAGGGAAAAAAAAAAAACACCCCGAAAGAAAGAA